UCCCUUUUCCCGCCCACACCCCUUGGAAGCUCGGCCCUCCUUCUCCUCCCUAGGCAACCUGAAGGGGCGGAUCCAGUAGCCGCAGUACCUGGGCCAGAUAAUGGCGUCACAUCCACGCAGAGUUCGACUGAAACCCUGGCUAGUAGCUCAAGUAGACAGUGGAAUGUAUCCAGGUCUUCUUUGGCUUAACAGGGAUGCAAAGCGAUUUCAAAUUCCUUGGAAGCAUGCAACUCGACAUAGUCCUCAGCAUGAAGAAGAAAAUACCAUUUUUAAGGCGUGGGCUGUGGAAACAGGAAAAUAUCAAGAAGGGGUUGAUGAUCCUGAUCCCGCAAAAUGGAAAGCCCAACUCCGCUGUGCUCUCAACAAAAGCCGUGAAUUCAAGCUCAUAUACGAUGGCACCAAAGAAGUACCAAUGAAUCCAAUUAAAAUUUAUGAAGUAUGUGACAUCCCACCAUCCCUGACGCCAAUCAUUAAUCCUGGUUCCACUGGUUCAGUUCCAUGGGAUGAAAAGGAUAAUGAUGUAGAUGAUGAAGAUGAAGAUGAAUUAAAUGAGUCUCAAAACGUAGCAAUACAGGACAGUUUUCCAUUUCUUAAUAUCAAUGAUUCCCCAAUGGCUCCUGCUAGUGCAGAGACCUGUAGCCCUGAAGCUGUGUGGCCAAAGAAUGAGCCUGAAGAUGUGGAGAUGCCAAUGCCUCCUGCACUGCCAGCUUUACAGCAUGAUAUGUACAGCUCUCCUGAACUUUGGAUUAGUUCUCUUCCUAUGACAGAUCUCGAAAUCAAAUUUGAAUAUCGAGGCAAGGAGUUUGGGCAGACAAUGACUGUAAGCAACCCCCAAGGCUGCAGACUUUUCUAUGGAGAAUUAGGUCCUAUGCCAGAUCAAGAAGAACUCUUUGGACCUAUUAAUUUGGAGCAAGUCAAGUUUCCAGGGCCCGAACCCAUCACAAAUGAAAAGCAAAAGCUGUUCACCAGUCGACUGCUUGAUGUAAUGGACAGAGGGUUAAUACUAGAAGUCAGUGGUCAUGCUAUCUAUGCUAUCAGGCUUUGCCAGUGCAAAGUAUAUUGGUCUGGGCCAUGUGCACCUUCCUCUACCACACCAAACUUAAUUGAAAGACAGAAGAGAGUUAAGGUCUUUUGUUUGGAAACAUUUCUAAGUGAGUUAAUUGCCCAUCAGAAAGGACAGAUUAGUAAACAGCCACCAUAUGAGAUCUACUUUUGUUUUGGAGAGGAAUGGCCAGAUGGAAAAUCAAAAGAGCGAAAGCUGAUUGUUGUUCAGGUAAUUCCAGUUGUAGCCCGGAUGAUCUAUGAAAUGUUCUCUGGUGACUUUACCCGCUCCUUUGACAGUGGCAGUGUGCGUCUACAGAUCUCUAUCCCGGAUAUCAAGGAUAAUAUUGUUGCCCAGCUAAAACAACUCUACCGUCUGCUGCAGAAUCACCAAGAAGGCUGGCCAGUGCAACCACCAAAUAUGCAGAUGACCCCACCCCUCACAGCACAGUGAUGACCCAGUCUUGGAUCCAGCAGUUGUCUGUAUUCUUCAGUUCUAGAUUGAAAUUAAUUGAAAUAAGAACACUUUUAAAUAUUUCUUCAUAUGUGACAUUUUAAUGACAAAUAUUGAUAUACAAUAUAAUCUGUCAUAAAUAAUUUUGCAAAAGUUGAUCUAGUUAAAGUACACGUAGACAAGCAUAUUUCUCUAGAAAUGUUUUCACUUUUAUACAUGUAACUAUAUAAAUAUAAAGUUUAAACUUUUCCUUGCUUGCAUGUAAUGCUAUGGUGCUUUUUUUAAAAAAAAAAUAAGUUUGACAGGAAUACUUAUUUCACUCCUUUAUUCUUAGAGUAUUUUUAAAACACAGUUUAAAUGCAUUCUAUUAAUUCAUAAUUACUUUUUAAAAAAAAUUACUCCUAUUGCUGCUGCUACAUGUGAAAUUUGUAAUGAAUACAAAUUAAAUUUUUCAAAAUAAUGAUCUGAUAAUUAGCAGUAGGCAGUUUGAUUCUAUUAGCUAUUGUUUGUUGUUUUAUUUCUAUAUAAAUGAGAAAGUGCAUGAAUUUUAAGCUGAAAAGGAUGUUUUAAAAUUAAAGUGACUUUAAAACCAAUUGAAAACAAAGACAAUAAUAAAUAUUAAGUUUGGUAAAAUAGAAGCUCUUUACAUGUUUUUCUAUGUUGAAUGCUGUAGCCUAACAUGUAACCUACUUGUACAAAAUGAAAAAAUUGUUCAAAUGCAGUCAGUUGUUUCUAACUGAAUUAAACUGUCACAUUGCUAGAAGAUACAAGACAGCAUGUGUAGGAAAUUUAUUUUUUGUUUUUUUUUAAAAAAAUGAAUGUUGCCAAAAUGUGAAUACGCAAAAUGAAUAUUGUAACAAAAGCUCAGUCAAUUGUAAAUAUGGCACUUUUAGGACUUCUGGAGAAGAAAUAGUGAACUGAAGACCAUGGCAGAAUGAAGAGCCAAGAAAUAAACUGGCACUUUAUAAUUUCUCUCUGGAUAAGAAGAGGAAAUCACCUUAUAAUUUCUCCUGACAGCUGUUCUUCAUGAGCAGACUGCAAGACAGUUUAGACUCUGGGAGAUGAGGGAAAGUUAUCUUUGUUCAAAUAACAGUUGGCACCUUUAAAAGGUCACAGGGUAUGCAUUCUUCCUUUUCAAAUCACUUUAGCAAAUUGCUUUUUAACUGUUUUUCAGGAAAGUUAAAGGAACCUUUGGAUUUACAUGUUUUAUAACACUAGGUUACUUUGCUUCAAUUCUUAGCAAAAAAUAGUUUUAAGGAUUUUUUUUUUUUACUGAAUAGCAAAAAGGUAAUUAGAAUGCUCAUUUUGGAAAGAUACAAAUGAUCUAAAGGUCCAGAUGGAUUUGAAAUAAAAUUUUGGAAUAAUAAGAAUUCUUCCCAUGGAAAAAUUAAUAUUUAAAAGAAUACGAUGAAUCUUUGAAGGUUGACACUAGAAGGAAAUCACAAAGAAUUAAAUAUUACAAUUAAAUGAGAAGUUAAGUUUGGCUUCUAACACAGAAUAGAGCAAAAUACUUAACAUUGGGCAUAUUGAAGAAUAUUUUUGAACAAUAGACCCAGAAAUUAAUUUUAAGAGCAUAUGGCAUUAUAGAUAGAGUGUGUUUAAAAGAUGUUAUGGUAGAGCAGACAUGUCAAACUCACGACAUCACGUGAUGUUGCGAAACAUAUCAGGACAGUUUUGCCAUUGCUGGCAAUGCGGUGGGGGUGGCUUCCAUGUGACGCAUCCGGUAGAGGAACAAGUUUUAUUGGACAAGAUUGAGAUUGAUCUGAAGAUGGUUUUAAAAAUGAUAGGCUACAAUCAUGACAUGGAAAAAGAUCCUAGACAUAUGAAACUAGAGCAGCGGUUCUCAACCUAUGGGUCGCGACCCCAUUUGGGGUCAAACGACCAUUUUACGGGGGUCGCCAAACAAUGCGAUCUGCCAUUUUCCCCCUCAGGGGGCGGCGGCGCGCAUGCGCGCUGCGCAUGGGGGCGGCGGCGCGCAUGCGCGCUGCGCAUGGGGGCGGCGGCGCGCAUGCGCGCUGCGCAUGGCGGCGGCGACGUGCACGGGGCGUGCAUGGGGCAGUGGCGUGCACACCUGGCACGCAUGGGUGCGCAUGGGGCACCAGUGCGCACGCCCAGGGCGCGUGGGGGCACCGCGCAUGUGCGCUGCGUCCGUGUGGCCGGGGGUCGCCGUAUGAAAAGGUUGAGAACCGCUGAACUAGAGGAUGUCUUAGUAAUUAAAAGUGAUACAAAAAUAACAAGCCAAAAAAAUGGCCUAUAUAACUUUCCUAUACUUUAUUUACAAAAGACAUCUGUUAAAGCUUUGAAAAAUUUUGUGAGAAGGAACAAAAAAACAAAACAGAUCAAGUUGACAUUUGAAGGGAUUGAAGAUAAUUGUUAAAAGUAAAAUAAACAAAUGUAAAAUUGGUUAGAAUAGAUACAGUUAUAUCUGGUAACCUUUAUGCCAACCAGGACUUCAUGACAAGAUUUUAAGAAUCUGUUUAUAAAUAAGGCAUGAAAUACGGUGAGAAGUUUGUGUUUUGCAUUUUAAGAGGUGAUAUGUUACUAAAAUUGUUUAUACUUGUGAUUUAAAGGGGAAGUCAUUUCUUUAUAUAUUUUUUUUCUUUACUAUAUUUUUACUUUUCUUUCUGUUAUGCACUUUGUUUUUUCUUUUUCUUUUGUAUUUUUAUCUUUAAUUGCAAUGUUUAAUUACAAUAAAAUAUGGCAAUUUUAAAAUUGUAAUUGUAGUUUAAUUCUAGACAAGCUAUGAUGGAAAAUGUAUUUUCAUAUAGCACAUCACAUUGUGUUUUCUUAGCAUCAGAUACAUCUACAUUUUUGCUAGGUAGCAGUUACAUAUACCUGAAUCAAACCUACUUUGCAUUCCAAAGAUAAUUGGCAUUCCGCUUUCUACUAAGUAUUUGUUUUGGAACUUCUUGUUUUGAAAAUCAUUUGUAUAUUAAAAUGUUUUCAUAGCUGCUUUUUCUACAAUAAAUGGAAUAGUUGGAA